AUGGCGUUAGGGGCCAAAAUACUCUUGUUUGGGCUCAUGAAAAAUCUGGAUUAUUUUCUGUCUGGUCGGCCUAUUGGCGUGCUCGCUCGCUCACUAUAUUUCCAAACUCAUUCGUUGAAUUCUGCAAGCCCUCCUCUGACUAGCUUUGCGUGGCCCAAGCUAUGGAAUCUACAAAUGCCGUAUAAGGUGAAAUUUUUUGCCUGGAGAGCUUGUCAUGAUAGUCUUGCCACAUAUUGCAACUUGAACCGCAGAGGCAUUAUUGUUGAUACUAUGUGCAUUGCCUGUGGAUCCACCCCGGAAUCAGCCCUUCAUUUAUUCAAGGAGUGCAGGAACAGGGCUGCUCUGAGAAGUUCUUGUGGUCUGCCCUCCUCCGUUUUUUCGGGGUCCUAUCCAUGUAUAAGGAGUUGGCUUUCCGCUGUGGUAACUACCCUCUCCCCUAGCAAGCUGACUAAUCUCUUCUCUUUACUUCACCAUAUAUGGCUUGAUAGAAAUGGUCAAGUCCAUGGGGAGGCUCCAAUGACCAGUCAAGAAGUUCUUCUAGCUAGUCAAAGGUUAUCCCAUGAUUGGCAACUAGUGCGGAACCCUCACAUACAACUCCCCCGAAGAACCACUAUCGUGGCUAAGUGGCAACCUCCCCCACCGGGCAAGGCAAGAGGCCCGACGACCAUCGAAGGGGUGGUCUUUUUGUUUGGAGCUCAAUUGUCCAGGGAUUUGGGUUACAACAACAUUAUUUUGGAAGGGGAUGCCUUGGAGAUGGUAAUUAGUAUCCAGAAGUCACAUACCUCCCUCCAAGUUUAUGGUCACCUGUUAGAGGAAAUCCAUCUUAUUAUUGAUCCCAUAUCUUGUGUUGUGACACAUACAACCCGGGAUGGUAACAGGGUUGCUGAUGCCCUUGCACAUUUGGGGCGUUCUUCCCCUUCUAAAUGUGUUCUUGUACACGGUUUACCGCCUUCUACUAUUUCACUUCAUACAGUGGACUGUAAUGGUUUAUUUGCUUAA